UGUGCGCUCCCUGCCUGGAAAUAAAGAGAGUUAACGGGGAUCCAUGAAGUGGCAUGUUACAGCACCGCACUUUUUUCCUGGCUCUUCUUCUUCACGAUGUUCUUUGGGAUUUUAAUAAGAUGCGUGUGUGUUUCCCGAUAAGCAGCUUUCUCCUCGCCGUCAACUUUUACUGUCAGCUGCUGCGUGCUCAGGAUCCCUCCUGCUGCCAAUAUGCUGCUGAGUUAUCACCCUGUAAAGAAGCUUGUGACCAGCUUGCGACCAUCAAAAGUGAGUCACGCCUAAAGCAUCUCCUCCAGAGGUUACCCAAUUACUGUCCUGAGUCUCUGAAUGAGCUCUGGAUGUGCAUCAACUCUACACUCCCAGGUGUUUCCAAGAAGUCUGAUGGUUGGGUUGGGCUUGGUUGUUGUGAGCUGGCCAUCGCAGGAGAAUGUCGUAGAGAAUGCAAACAGGCAUCAUCUAAAAAUGACAUAACAAAAGUAUGCAAAAAAGUCACCGAGAACUCUCUCUACAGCUGUAUCACCAAAAAUGAAAUGGGCUCAGCAUGCUGUGGUUUUGUGGGCCGUCACACCAACUGCAGGGACUUCUGCGAUGCCAUAUUCAGGACGGACUCGACGCCAACAGAAUCCCAGAUCAAGACCGUCAAAGACUUCUGCAAGAGUCACAGCCCUAAGCUUGUCGAAUGCGUCAACAACUUCACCGAGUCCUACCCUGCUCGCAGCCCCAUAGACAGUUUGUACUGCUGCGACCGGGCUGAAGCCCCAAACUGCCAGACGGCCUGCCGCCAUCUCCUCCGCGCCAUGAAUACAGACCAAGAGAUUAUGGAGGGCCUCAUUAAAGAGUGUGGCACCCAGCCCCUCCCUCAGGAUCCAAUGUGGCAGUGUUUCCUGAGCAGAGCUCACCCUCCUUCCCCACCCGAGGAGGAGACCCCCCAUCCAGCCAAGAUGGACUGCGCCAAGCUGCACUGUUGCUCAAAGGCAAACACGUCGGUCUGCAGGGAAAAGUGCCACCAGAUCAGCACCCACUGGGGCAGCCAGACAUGGCAAGACUUUGAUCAGCUGUGUGAGUACAACCCAAUGGAGAUGGAGCUCAUCAACUGCCUGGCAGAUGUCAGAGAGCCAUGUCAGCUGGGCUGCAAGGACCUGACUUACUGCACCAACUUCAACAACAGGCCCACGGAGCUGUUCCGUAGCUGUAACAUGCAGUCAGACCAAGGUGCCAUGAACGACAUCAAGCUGUGGUCCAACGGAACGAUCAAGAUGCCCUUCAUGAACAUCCCAGUCCUGGACAUCAGGAAGUGUCUGCCAGACAUGUGGAAGGCGGUGGCCUGCUCUCUGCAGAUCAAACCCUGCCACAGCAAAUCCAGGGGGAGCGUCAUAUGCAAGUCAGACUGUGUGGAUAUUCUGACCAAGUGUGGGGAUAAUAAACGCUUUCAUGAAGGACAAACCCCAGAGAGGCUCUGUGAGGUGCUGUCUCCCAUCGAUGACCCUGAACGCUGCAUCCCCCUCCACAGAUAUCUCACACCAAGUUCACUGAGCAACACCAUAGUGGAGGAGAUCAUCCAUCCAUGCAACCCUAAUCCAUGUCAAAGCAACCACUUAUGCCAGGUCAACAGAAAGGGCUGUCUUGAUGAAAUCAACUGUCAACCAUAUCUCUGUGUGCCAGGUUGUAAAAUGGGAGAGGCUUCUGAAUUUCUGGUGCAGCAGGACGCUCUCACCCAAGUUCCAACUCGUGAUGGAGCUCCCAGUUGCCACGAGAUGUGCAGCUGUGGCACCAGUGGGCGUCUGGAGAACUGCGUGGAGAUUCCCUGUGUGGAAACAGACAAGGGCUGCGUUGUAGAGGGGCAACGAAAGAACCAUGGGACGACCUUUAGAACUGACUGCAACACGUGUUCCUGCUUCGCUGGAGAAACAAUCUGCUCUACCAGAAAAUGUCCCACAGAAAGUGUCCAUUGGACUUCUACUGAUCUACCCUGUAACUGCCCAUAUCGUUUCAUCCCAGUGUGUGCCUCCAAUGGGCGGACCUAUCCCAGUGGAUGUGUGGCUCGUUGUAUGGGAUUCAAAGACCACCAAUAUGUCUUUGGCCCCUGCCAUUCCAUUAAACCUUGCUCUGACAUAACCUGCCAAAGAAACCAGAGGUGCAUCCCGAGGCGACGUGUUUGUCUGAGCAACUUUUCGGACUGUCCGCAGUAUGAGUGUGUUGGUCGGCCAGCAGUCUGCGACAGAAACAGCAUGGAGCCGGCCUGUGACAUUGAUGGGCGGGUGCAUCGCAGCCUGUGCCAUCUGCAGCAGUCUGGAAAGACACUGGCCUACAUGGGGCAUUGCCAGGAGGCCUGCAAGAAGAAAAAAGAAGUCUGUGGUCACAAUGGUGAGACGUACAACACGGUGUGUGAGGCCUUCUCUGACCGUGUGGCUGUUGACUACCAGGGCCCCUGUCGUGCCGUAGGGACCCUGUCUGAUUUGGGUCUAGAUUCAGUGUGUAGUGAGGUGUCCUGUCCACCGAUAUCAAAUCCAGGCUGCCACCCCAUAAUCCCACCUGGAGCCUGUUGUCCCAUAUGUGCCAGCAUGCUGCAGAUCCUCUGGAGCCAGAAGCAGAUUAACACUUUCUCAAAGCUGAACAGGAACCAGCCGGUGGCUGUCUACGACGUCCUGCAGAUCUUCCGGCUCCACAUCUCCGUGCCGCAGUGUGACGUCUUUGGCUACCUGAGCAUUGACAACAGGCUGGUGGUUCUUGUUGCCCCAGUGGACCAUCAACCAACACUUCUGCAGGUGGAGGCCUGCAGUAAGGAGGCUGAAAAGAUUGAUUCUCUCAUCAACUACGCUAGCCCCACUCUGGUCUCCCACGUUCCGCUGUCCGCCUUCCUCAGCUCUGAGAUCAAGACCUCGUCCAUCCACUCUGGGGGCUCUCUGCCGGAACCUGUACCCAUGAUCCUCUGCUUCUGCCUGGUUCUCAUCAUCAUGGCGGCUCCUAGACUCCAGUAGCUUUAAGUGCCGAUUCUUCCUCCCUUCCUCCUGUUUCUUUUCCCCCAAAGUACCCUGUUUCUGAGACUGUUUGGGUUGCCAUGGAAAAGGACAAGGAGGUCAUUCUGACAAUCAUUCACAUUGACUGCUGCGUCUUAAACAAUCAAGCUGGGGAAAAAGUUCUUAUUAUAGACCAUCUAUAAGUAUUAUUAAUUAAUGAGGGACUCACUGGGUUUCCCCCUCAGUGGAGGGUGUGUGUGUGUGCGGGUGUGUGCGUGAAUGCGUGUGUGUCUGUGUGCUUGACCUCUAAGAAAUACCUAGUUUUAUAUCAACAGUGUUAUGUCAGGAACAGACUCUUUGAAAGGUGUUAAGGUUGAUGACACACUCUUUGCGUGCAUGUGUGUGCGUGUGUGUCUGGUCGCAGAUCCAAGACACAUAGAGGAAAAGUGACCUCAUCUGGCAGCACAUCUUUCUGACAAAUGUAUUUACAUAAAUACACACCCAGUGACUGGUGGUGAUUGAAGAGGAGUGUGUUGACAGUCAGACCAACAAGUGUGUGUGAUGAAGCCUCAGUGUUGACCACAUGUACAGCGCACUUGCAUGUGACGUCUAUGUGGACCUAGUGUUUGAACCUCAGCAGUGUUAUGGACCGAGUAAGGUCCAGCAAACGGAUCCAGUUUUAAAUCAGACCCAAUUUCUGAUCAAACAAAAGUGCUCUAAAAUUAUGGAAUGCCUAAAGUGCCACAAAAUAUAGGGAGCGUAUACACACAAAUCAGUGACGUGCAGUGAGGGGCAAAGCUGGUGAGGCACUGACUUAAUCAUAAUCAGAUAUACAAAUGUAGACCAUCUGCAUGUUAUUGUUUACAUAAGGAAAUUUAUGUUGACAACGCUGGAGAGCAAAAAGACUAUUCUUUUACAUGCCAUCCAUAGCCGCGCUGCCGUGGUAGAAUAAUUCCGUUCAUUCAAUGAAACUUGGAAAUGUAGGUAUUAUUCAUAUUAUGCUCCACAACAAAGGCAAAAUCCAUUCAAGUACAACUCAAAACCACGUCUUUCUCGCUCACUGCAUUGGCCAGGCUACACACACACUCGUUGCCAUAGCAACUGACAACGGCCCUAAAAAAAUACUGAAAUAUUUCCCACACAAAGAGCAGAACAUUCAGUC